UCUUUGUGGGUGGCCUAGACUGGAACACCACACAAGAAACACUGCGCAAUUACUUUACCCAGUAUGGAGAAGUUGUAGACUGUGUAAUAAUGAAAGAUAAAACAACAAACCACUCUCGAGGUUUUGGCUUUGUUAAAUUUAAAGAUCCUAACUCUGUGGUGACAGUACUGGCCAAUAGACCUCAUACAUUGGAUGGUCGAAAUAUCGAUCCCAAACCAUGUACACCUCGAGGAACUCAGGCAGAGAAAACUCGUCCGAAGGAAGGUUGGAAAGGACCCAGAAGUGACAGCAAAUCAAAAAAAAUUUUUGUUGGUGGGAUUCCUCACAACUGUGGCGAGACUGAACUCAGGGAAUACUUCAAGAAAUUUGGAGUGAUUACUGAAGUGGUAAUGAUCUAUGAUGCUGGGAAGCAAAGGCCUCGAGGUUUUGGAUUUAUUACCUACGAGGACGAGCAAUCAGUGGACCAGGCUGUGGACAUGCAUUUUCACGACAUCAUGGGCAAAAAAGUUGAGGCCAAACGGGCAGAACCUCGAGAGAGCAAAAGCCGUGGCCCAGGAUAUGCAGGCUUCAGCCAGUGGGGAAGCAGGAUAAUGCCCAAUGCUGCCAAUGGAUGGACAGGUCAACCCCUCCCCAGCUGGCAUCAGGGUUAUGUCCCUCAAGUUUCAGGAAUGUGGGUGCCAGCAGGACAGGCGAUUGGUAAGUUAACCAACAGGCGAUUGGUAAGUAAACCACUGAUUUGAAAGCCUUCAACUUUCCCAGCU